AACGUGCUCUGUUCUCGUCUCUCGCCAUUUCCAUAACUUUGAUUUUUACAACUGUGCUGUGCUGUUCUGUUCUGUUCUCUCUGAAUAUAUAUAUAUAUAUAGAGAGAGAGAGAGGGAGAGAGAAGGAGAGAGUAAAAAAGAUGGGGAUUCAAAAGGUGAAAGGAUCGCUGGAAGAUCUGAUAGAGAAGGCAGGUGGUUGCGCCGUCGUAGACGGCGGUUUCGCCACCCAGCUUGAGAAACACGGCGCCACCAUCAACGAUUCUCUUUGGAGUUCCAUUUGCUUGAUCAACGACCCUGAUCUCAUCAAACGAGUUCAUUUGGAAUAUUUGGAAGCUGGUGCAGACAUCUUGGUAACUUCAUCUUAUCAGGCUACCCUUCCCGGAUUCCUAUCCAAAGGGCUGUCCAUUGAAGAAGGAGAAUCGUUACUGAAAAAGAGCGUCAAACUAGCUGUUGAAGCACGUGAUAAGUUUUGGAAUGACAAGAAAAGAAUUUCCGGACAUAGCUAUAACAGGGCUUUGGUUGCAGCCUCCAUUGGAAGCUAUGGAGCUUAUCUUGCCGAUGGUUCAGAGUACAGUGGGUGUUAUGGACCUAAUGUGGAUUUGGAUAAGUUGAAGGAUUUUCAUCGACGUAGAUUGCAAGUUCUUGUCGAAGCAGGUCCAGAUUUGCUUGCCUUUGAGACCAUACCCAAUAAACUAGAAGCUCAGGCAUGUGUUGAGUUGCUUGAGGAAGAAAACAUCCAAAUCCCAUCUUGGAUCUGUUUCAGCUCUGUAGACGGUGAAAAUGCACCGUCAGGAGAGAGCUUCAAGGAAUGCCUUGACAUCAUAAAUUAUAGCAACAAAGUAUCAGCCGUUGGAAUAAAUUGUGCACCUCCCCAUUUUGUUCAAGUUCUUGUUCAGAAAUUUAAGGAGUUAACUGGAAAGGUAAUAGUUGUUUAUCCGAAUAGCGGUGAAGUAUGGGAUGGCAGGGCUAAGAGAUGGCUGCCGUCGAAGUGUUUUGAUGAUGACAAGUUCAAGUUGUUUGCAACAAGAUGGCGUGAUUCAGGAGCUAAACUCAUUGGUGGAUGUUGUCGAACUACACCUUCCACCAUUCGAGCCAUUUCAAAGGUUUUAAAAGGACCAGGUCUCUGAUUUCGUUGUUUUACAAAUAACUGUUCUUUUAGUCCAUCUCCAAUUAAUAUUUAUUGAAGUUCACAUAUCAAGUUUAUUAGUGUCCUUUUUUCUUUUUUUUCUUUUUUUUUGCCCUUUAGAGGCAGAGCUGAAAAUCAUUUACCAGUCAGUCUGUGUGUGUGUGUGAGUUCUGUUAGUUUUAAAGUUGAUCAGAAUCAAUCAAAAGAUGAAGACAUUCUUCACCAUGUUGAGUAAAUUGUUGAGCAUUCCCAAGUGUUUGGAUAUUGGAUUUGAGUAAGAUUUAUGUUAGGAAAAAAAGGAGAGGAAUGUUUAUCAAAUAUAAACUAACUUUUUCACAUUUUCCUAAUUGUUUCUCUA